AGCCACCUCCUUGUUGUUUGCUGUCCGUGCGGCUUCAGUGGUCAGAAUGGCGUCGCUCAGCCUCCUAGUGCUCGGCACUGCGCUGCUCCAUGCCACUCAGUGUGCACUUGCAGCCCCUGGAGGAAUCAGACGCCAGAACCCGUUUGCCUACGACGACGACCGCAACGAGGCGAUGUCACAUCCGGCCUACUACCAAUCAGAUGGAUGGAGGGGCCAGAGUUUGGAGCAGGCCCUUCAGCGAUUGGUGGAGAGGGGCCAGAGGCAGGACGAGGAGGAGCAGCAGUUAGCUACCGUGACGACUUUGCUCCGCCUCCUCGCCAAGGCCGAGGCUGAGGGACUGGUUGAUCCCGGAGAUGUGCAGCUGGAGGAGGAGGACUUCCCAGGCCUGGGCCAAGGUCGGGCCCUGAGCAUGGGGAGGCCCCCCACGGCCUGGUGGAGCCUCGUGACGCCUCAGCUGCUUCAGGCCCUACUAGACAGGAUGGAACCGCAGGCAGGUGGAUCCCCGCCGGCGAGGAUGAUACUUGAGCGAUUCCGGGGCGAUGAUUACGACUACGGUGAUGACAACGAUGUGAGACGUCUGCUUGCCAGGAUGCUGCCAAUCAUCAGCCCUGAAUACGCUCCCUCUGGUAGACGCGCAAGACGGGAUGUGUCCGUCACGGAACCUGCGACAACCGUCUACAGGAGAAGCCGCCGUUCCCUUGGCGACGACACCUUGCCGUCGCGCAGCAAUGAGCCGCUGCUCAGGGUGAAGAGGCUGGGCGAGGAAGAGCAGGAAGGGCAGCAGCUUCACACUAUGGCAAACACCAACGUGCGACAACAUGGCGGCCGGCGCCGGAGAGCCGCCCUAAACCAUGUGCUGCUUCACCAGAUUGUCAACUACAUGAGGAAGUAGAAGGCAAAGAAAGGAAAUGGAGGAAGGAAGUGGUGUUGUCUUGAGAAGAAUCAUCUUUAUUGUUGUGAAUACAUGCAUAUUCAUGAAAUGUGUCCUCAUCACAGGGUCAACUUUUAUUACAACUGAGUUAAAAUCCCCAAGUAAGGCCCGGUUAUCGGUAUGUGUGUAACCCACUUUAGCCGUUAACAAGGUCAGCUGAGGGAAAAGGACUUUUUUUUGACACCCCAUAAAACAGAAUCAUUGCUGAGGAUCCUCUUUAGAGAUAUCUGACAAGAGUGCCUUUGCUGAGUUGGCUCAGAAAAAAAAACAAAAAAAAUCUCAAAUUGGACCCGAU